CUUGAAUGUUAUUAACGGGAAUCAGUGAUUUGGGAUCCAAAACAAUGUUCAGACAAAGAUAAAAAAAAAUGUAUGACGCCUGGCACAGAAUUGAAGUUGAGAUUGGAAAGCCAAUCAAAGAAUUAAAGGCUAAAAAGGAUUCUUUAAUGGCAACGUAUGGGGGAUACUGUAGAAAAGUAGCAGCUUCUAUGAAAUCUGGACCGUCCGGAGAUGUAUAUAAACCAAUAUGGUUUGCCUUCGAGCUAAUGGACCAAUUUUUGGGGUCUAUUUACAACUGUGGAGGAACAACAAAUACAGAGGAAGUACACUCUAUUUCUGAAGCCGUUGGUGAAACAGACCAGCCGAUAGACAAUGGUAACGAUGUAGUGGAAAUGCAACAGGAUAAAGUAAGGAAAAGUACAGGAAAAACCAUUCGACGUCGGGCGGAUCCACCAGAGCUUCAGGAUGCAGCUAAACAAAUGAAAACUGCGUUUGAUACCCUACACUCUGUAAUAAAUAAGAAAGGUGAAUCUGAAGAUAAAUGUGCCGUAUUCGGUAAACUUGUAGCAGAAAAGUUAAAAAAACUAUCGGAAGAUGAUAAAGAAGACAUCAUGUUUGAAAUACAACAAAUAUUUCACAACAGAAAUGUGCAACGCCCAUAUUCAGUUAACUCCUCUUCCUCAUCACUCACUUCUCCAUUUUCAGUACAUAGUAUGAUGUACGAACCUGCCCAUUCUUUUCAACAAUGUACCAACUUGCAGUAUGAAAACGCCCAAAAUUCAUUACGGAAUGUAAUCAAUGAAGCAUUUCAAAACUCUUAGUUCCUUUUUAUAUUACUUUUCAUACGCAUUUAACAUGUGACAAUGUCAUGUCAUUAAAGUGUUAAAAUAUAAUUAUUUUGUGAUAUUUUCCUUAUUUUACUUAUUUAUUUACCUUACAUUCAUCCUUAAGAACAUGGUUGAGAGCUGAACAGACUUCCGGCACAAUUUUGGAUAUAGACAGUGGCGGAUUUACAAAUGUGCCGUCUAUAAGCUGAACGAACUCGCCGCCUAUGAAUAUCCGUAACAGAACUAAAAGUAGGAAAUGAAAUAAAAACUGCGAAAGUUGUGCAAACAUGUAUUAAAGUCAAAUAAAUUUGAAUAAAUUUUGAUUACAUCAUCACAUGAUAUCGAA